AGCCAUCGUGUUGUUGUGGUUUCUCUUGAAGGUUUGUAAUUAUGAAGCUCCAUCAAGUUGUGAUUGUUACUCUUCUUGUGAUUGGUUUGUGUGAUGCUUGGCGAAAUUUGAAGCAGCGUCAAAGUCCCAGGAGUAUGCAACCGAAGACAGGUCCUCUCUCAUCUGCGUCCCGAGGAUCUGUGCCAGUGCCUCCAGGUCUUUGGAACCCUUCACAAAUGUCUUUCCAGAAUCCGGGUCCAUUGAGGUCUGACACCAAAAAAUUGCCACAAGACCCUUUUGGUGUUCAGUCUCAGCAGGUGAUGCAGGCUGUUGUGGAGCCUCUGGACUGGAGGUAUCCCGUGGUUCCAGAAAUCCAGGCCAACGUGGCAGUGGACUUUCAGCAGAAACAGCCUGUGACGCCCAGCAGCGUUGCCAUCCAAUGUGGAGAGAGUUCGAUUCUCGUGGAGGUGAAGCAAGAUCUGUUCAGUAACGGGCAGCUGAUCGAUCCAUCAGGUCUUCAUUUGGGUGGAUGUUCUCCGGUCGCUCAGGACUUUGACUCGAAAAUCCUCAUCUUUGAAUAUGCGCUCCAGGACUGUGGUAGCGUACUAAUGAUGACCAACGAUGAGCUCGUCUACAUGUUUGUGCUCACCUACACCCCUCAGCCUCUCGGUGGCACGAUGAUCAACAGAGCCGAUGGUGCUACUGUUAACAUUCAGUGUCAUUAUCAAAGAAAUUACAAUGUGAGCAGUAAUGUUUUGAAUCCAGCGUGGGUCCCUUACUCCUCAACCGAGGUUGGAGAGGAAGUUCUGCUCUUCUCCCUGAAGCUCAUGACCGAUGACUGGAUGUAUCAGAGGCCUUCUGCACAGUACUACCUGGGUGACAUCAUUAACAUUGAAGGUUCUGUGAAGGUUUAUAACCACGUUCCUCUGCGAGUGUUUGUGGAUGGCUGUGUGGCCACUCAAGUGCCUGAUCCCAGAGUUCCUCCCCAAUACUCCUUCAUUGAGAAUAAUGGAUGUUUUGUGGAUGCUAAGAACACCGGGUCCAGUUCUCAUUUUCUGCCUCGCACUCGGACCGACGCAAUCCAGUUUCAGCUGGAGGCGUUCCUGUUCAAGCAGCAAACCAAUCCAUCUAUUUAUAUCACGUGUCUCCUGAGGGCCACUACUGCCGUUGCAUCCACAGAUGCCCAGCACAAGUCUUGUUCUUUCAUUGGCAAUAGGUGGUUUGCUGCUGAUGGUAAUGAUCAGGUUUGUGGUUGCUGUGACUCCACGUGUGGCCCUGAGACUACAUCUGCAGAUGUUCAAUGGGAAGGCAAGGCAUCCGUCGGUCCCCUCACGGUUAAGGCACAAUAGUUUGUUUCUAAAUAAAAGUGGAAGAUUUAGCA